CUACUUCGCCUGCGGCAAACUGGACGUGGACGUGGCUCGAGGGGUCAUCGCAGGGAUUGCUGAUGCCUGCAAGAAGGCUGGCUGUGCUCUGCUGGGAGGAGAGACGGCCGAGAUGCCCGGGAUGUACCCGCCCGGCGAGUACGACCUGGCGGGCUUCGCCGUGGGGGCCGUGGAGAGGGGGCAGAUGCUGCCCCAGCUGGACAGGAUCUCUGAGGGGGACGUGGUCAUCGGGGUGGCAUCCUCUGGGGUCCACAGCAACGGCUACAGCCUCGUCAGGAAGAUCGUGGAAAAGUCCUCCUUGGACUUCUCCUCUCCCGUGGGCGUCUCCGGGGACCAGACUUUAGGAGAGCUCCUGCUGACCCCAACCAAGCUGUACAGCAAGACCCUGCUGCCCGUGCUGCGCUCGGGCCACGUCAAGGCCUACGCCCACAUCACGGGCGGGGGGCUCCUGGAGAACAUCCCCAGGGUGCUCCCAGACUCCUGCGGUGUCGUCCUAGGUGUUGCUGGGGUUCAGCUGCUGCCGUGGGGGGGCAGCUCUGAGGAGCUCCGAGCGCUGGGGCCGCUGCCCUGGCCGAGCUCUGCUCACUCCAGGGGUCCCCUGGGAGCCAGGAGGGAAUGUUUGUGGCAGCUGGGAGCGUUCAGGAGCUGCUCCUGCUGCGGAGCUGCCCAGCCCAGCUGCUGUGUUGGUCGGCAGGUGAUCGAGCACACGGCCUUCCCCAGCCGCGGCGACUUCGACAGCGCCAUCGAUGCCGCGCUGCGCGAGUUCUCCGUGGAGCUCGUCUGCCUGGCGGGGUUCAUGAGGAUCCUGUCGGGCCCCUUCGUCAAGAAGUGGGAAGGGAAGAUCCUGAACAUCCACCCGUCCCUGCUGCCGUCCUUCAAGGGGGCCAACGCGCACCGGCUGGUGCUGCAGGCGGGCGUGCGCGUCACCGGCUGCACCGUGCACUUCGUGGCUGUGAGUACCCCCUCA